AUGAUUUCCCAAUCGACGCACCCAAGCAGGAGACGGGAUAAGCCCAUCCUGAGCUGCAACUUCUGCCGCGGCCGCAAACUUCGAUGCGAUAGACAAUCUCCCUGCAGCACAUGCCGACGACGUGGUGUGGAAUGUGUCUACAGCCUUUCAGAGCAGGAAAGAAACGAUGCGGUCGACUACCGAGCCCAUGGGAGAAACCGAAAUGCUCGUCAAAGAGUCGCUCGCAUCGAAAGCCUCGUUACCGACAUGGCAGCACAGAGUUCACAGACACCCUUGGCCGGUGUCCCAGUGCCACACGCCCUUGAAGACGCCGCGACACAAGGAACAUCUUCCGAUGGGCGCUCAGAAAGUAUAGGAACAUUGAGUCUCGAAGAUGGCAAUACAGUUUAUACAGGCAGCUCCCAUUGGGCUACGAUAUUGUAUCAUAUACGACAGCUCAAGGAUGAACUAUCAGGCGACUUAACAGAUAGUUCCAUGAAUCCAGAAUCGACUUCACUUACUGCUGACCCUAUGGGUUCACCGGCUACCAGAAUAACUCUCCUGACGAGUGUCACAUGCUUUCCGAGAGAGCAGAUUCUGGCCAUGGUACCACCGCGCAGAGUGGUAGAUAGACAUCUCUCCUACUUUUUCAACACUUUCGACUUUGCUCCUGUCAUUCUACAUCGAGAAACAUUCAUCGCAGAGUACAACCAGUUUUGGGCCGAUUUCUCAUCCGCUCCAAUCAUGUGGAUAGGGCUACUUUUCAGCAUUAUGUGCAUCUCGAUCUUCCUCCAGCAACAAGAUAUCGGAUCCUCUGGCUUAUCCUCUGAACCACAGGCGAUGCUGGAGAACUACCGAACCCUCACCAUCCACUGCCUGGUCGCCGGGAAUUAUCUGAGUUCGAGCAGAUAUACGAUAGAAACACUGACUUUACACUUUGUUCUUGAUCAGAACGUCGGUCUUGGCACGCAUGUCAGCACCUGGGUCCUGAUGGGUGUCGUCAUUCGGGUUGCCAUGCGCAUGGGAUUGCACCGUGAUCCAGGUCACUGGCCAACUGUUCGACCAUUACAGGCAGAAUUCAGACGACGCAUGUGGAUGAUGCUAUACGACAUGGACUUCUUCACGAGUAUACAAGUUGGACUACCUCGCAUCAUCAAGGACUCCCAGUGUGAUGCACGCCCGCCCGCGCAUUUGUUGGACAACGACAUUAGCCUCGAUCAUGACGAAACCCCAGUAGAGAGGCCAUUGACUGAGCCUAGCUCAUUGCUAUACAUUAUCCAGAGACACCGUAUCAUCAAAUUGGCCGCUGAGAUAUACGACGUGACAGAAGCAGGACCACCAUCGACCCUGACGAUUGAUGCACUAAGUGCUAAACUUGAAGAGACCAUAGAGUCUAUACCGACAUGGUUAAGGCACAAGACGCUCGAGACGUCAAUCGGUGAAAACCCUGACACGAUACUAUACCGGAUGGUUUUGGACAUUUUGAUACAUAAGGCCGUCUACCUCCUACACCGACGAAGUUUCGUAAAGGGCCCUCCUUGGGAAGCGAACAACAGAUCCAACAAGGCAUGCAUUGACGCUGCUCUGGCAAUCCUGGACCACCAGCGAAGGAUGAGUGAGGAGAUCCAGCCUGGGGGCCUCAUGUAUGGUAUUCGCUGGAAGGUGGCCACGUCGCUCAAUCACGAAUUCCUGCAGGCUACAAUGAUGCUAUGCUUUGCUCUGAGCAGGUCCGACGAGGACGCAGAUCCCAGCUCCACCAACUCCCUGCCUCGGCGAGAUGAUAUUCUGGAAGAUUUGGCUCAUGUAAGAGGCCUGUGGGAGAUGAGCGCCGCUCAAUCCACGGAGGCGCAAAGGGCAGUAAAGGCCAUCUCCGUCGUGUUGGGGCGAGAGGGAGCUCCCAACACACUAUCGUUUCAAGGUCUCUUCCAACAGAUGGAUGAUCUUGAGUUUUCUCUGGACAUGACUCUGGAUCCAGCUCUCCUCGGGGGGUUCGGAAACAUGAUGGAUGGCUUGACGAUGGAGUCGGGGGAUGCUGAUGCUGCGCCUACCGUUCCUUGA